CCAUGUUUUCAUCUGAUCCUCUAGUUCACAGCUCACAGCCUACUAUUUUUGUUGAUGGUAAGUAGUAGUAGUAGCAGAGUGGAAGCAAGAAAACAAUGGCAAUGGCAAUGGCAGCGGCCUGUGGGAGCGAUAGUAGAUGGAGAUGGAGCAUGGCAUCUCUAAUAUCAGCACUCCCUUCUCCUUCUUCUUCUUAUUCUUCUUCAGUCACCGCCGCAGUGCGAUUCCCAUCUUUACGUUCCCGUGCUCUCUGCCUCUCCCGCCGCCAACAGCCCCUCUUUCUCCGCUCCUUCACGGGUCUUUCUUCUCUAAACCCUAUCCUUUCCAUUGGUUUCUCGGAGUGUACCAGUUUUGAACAUGGGUUCCCCUCUAUUGAUAAUGGGUCUCGAUUUUUCGCCAUGAGACACGGCAGACGAGUUCCAAAGCUCAAUCGGCCUCCUGACCAACGCCGGGCACUUCUUAGAGGCCUCACUACUCAGCUGCUUAAACAUGGACGGAUCAAAACCACUAGAGCUCGGGCCAGCGCCAUGAGAAAGUAUGUUGACAAGAUGAUUACUUUGGCCAAGGAUGGGUCUCUCCACAAGAGAAGACAAGCUCUGGGCUUCAUUUAUGAAAAGCAGAUCGUCCAUGCCUUGUUUGCGGAGGUCCCGGACAGGUACGGCGACAGAAAUGGUGGAUAUACCAGAAUUAUUAGAACUCUGCCGCGGCGAGGGGACAAUGCACCCAUGGCAUAUAUAGAACUUGUUUAGCUUACUACCAAUUACACAAAACUGAGUUUUGUGCCUUGUGUUGGAGUUCCGUGCACAGACUCCAAUAUUUAGCUUUGCUUAUACGAAAAGCUCAAAAAAGGGCACUUUUGCCAGCCUGCAUUUUGGAUCUGAGACUUUGUGCACAUGCUGAGCCAAACACAACCAAAAAUGUGAAUUUUGCUGGAGUGGGGGCCCAUAGUGCUGUUGUUGGCGAUUCAUGAUUAGGGUAAUUCCAAGUAGAACAGAGUACAACAAAAUGGCAGUAACAGUUCAGUGAAAUUCUAGUAAAAAUCUUAUAUAGUUUGAUGAUGCAAAGUAUCUUGGUUCGUUCAAUAUCCACAUACUAAAAAGAUCAAUUAAGCUUUUAAAUUCGCCCUUCUCCUAUGUCAGAUAUUUUGCUCUGUAUACUUUGAUUUUUUUCUAAUCUUUCUGUUCUCUCUCCUUUUUCUUUUUUCCUGAAAUGUUUACAGUUGUAUGUUUUGCUCUUACAGGAACCUGUAAUGUUAAUAGGUUAAUGUUAGUAAAGGGUUCUACUGAGAAUGAAUUGUUGAUCUAUUUGGGGAAUAAA